GAUUCAAAUGUUAGAGUCAAAAUAACAUUUUUCCUAAUUGAGAAACUGACUAUCUAAUUCAACUGGCCGGUUCAAUUAAAAGCCCCCUUUUUUAAUCAGUUAAAACCCACAUUUCAAGGCCAGUUUAAAACCCUGGAGUUUUAAAAUUCUUGAUUUUAGGGGGCGCUAUCAGAGCAUAAACCCUUGACCAGUCGAACAGUGAUGGGCAAAUUAGGGUUGAAGGCCAGGAAGUUCGCGAGGAAGAAUCUUCCAUCCGUAUCUAGAAGACAGCGGAAGACCAAAGUUCUUUUCAAGAAACGAUUCGCUGCAAAAAAGGAGCGGAUUACUGCCAAAAGCCCAGUAGGUAAAACAGAACAGCGUAAUGAAAGUAGCACCACUGAUGAGGUUUUUGAAGAUAUUUCUCUUGGUGCUGCAUUCAUGGAAGAUAAAAAUAAUAUGGCUGAUGUUGCCUCAGACAGUGAUGGAUAUCUUUCUGAGGAAACAGGUGGUGAAUUAGAUACCGAGCACAUAAGUUUUCAAGAAGAUAGUAAUGAUGGUAGUUCUUUAUCCGAGGAAAACCGGAUUUUAUUUGAAGAUCUUGUUGUGAAAAAGAAUAAGUUAAGAAGGAUAAAAAAGAAGAAUCCAGACUUCUGCAAACUCUUGGAAAAAUGCAAGGAUGUUGAAGUACAUAAAGGAACGACGGAGUCAGAUGAAGAUGAGAUAGAUGAAGAUGGCUCUGGUGAAAGAAAAAGACAUUUUAUAAAGGACACUGCUGUUGGCUCCUGGUGCCAACUUAUCAAAGGGGAACACAGAGAAUCUGCAGCAGUUAGUCUAUUUAAUGCUUAUCGAACGGCAUGUCACUAUGGAGCUGAGUCUGGCCAUCAGUUUCAGAGUAGUGAUGCAUUUUGCAACAUAAUAUUAUUUGUUCUUUCUGAGGCAGAUAAUUUGAUCCGAGAGCUAUUGAAAAUAUCAUCCUCCAAAUCUAAGAAAGAAGUUAUGGAACUGUGUAACAAGUCAAAAUCAAAGAACGUGAGGCCUCUUAUCAAAUCCUAUUUAAGAAGUACAUUAUUUCUGCUGAAUGAAGUCACUGAUUCAGAUGUCCUAGCUUUCGCUUUGACCCGGCUGAGAGCGUCUGUGGUCUUCUUUGCAGUUUUUCCAUCUCUUCUGCACAGGCUAAUUAAGACAUCAGUCCAUCUGUGGGCAUCAGGCGGAGGAGUUUUGUCAUCUGCUUCUUUUCUUGUCAUACGAGACACAGCUGCAAUGUUCACAUCUGAGUGCUUUGAGGAUUGCUUGGCUAAAACAUUUGGUUCUUAUCUUGCUCAGUCAAGAGUCCCUGAAAUUGUCAACAUCAAACAUAUUCAGUUCCUGAGAAAUUCUUUAGUUGAUCUGUUUUCAGUAGAUAUUGAAAGAUGCUCUGAGAAGGCCAUUAUAUCUGUCAGUCAGCUAGCAAAAGUAUUGAAGUGGGGCUUGCACACUAAGAAAAGGGAAGCUGUUAAAAAGAUUUGCAGUUGGGAAUACAUCAACUGCGUUGAUCUCUGGGUUGAAUUCCUAUCUGUCAACAUGCAAGACUAUGAUUUUCAGUCUUUGUUUUUCACAAUGGUUCAGCUUAUAAAUGGAAUUGCUUGCAUGUUUUCCGGACCAAGAUAUUUUCCGUUAAGACUUAAGUGCAUCCAGUGGCUUAACAGGCUCUCCAGCGCUAGUGGAAUUUUUGUGCCUGUUGCCUCAUUUGUGUUGGAUGUUUUAGAAUACAAAAUGAUCAAAGAGGAUGUGAAAAAUGGAAAUGCUCUAAACUUCGAGUCUGUGUUAAAGUUACCGAAGCAUUGCUUGAAAUCAAAAGUCUUCCAAGAAGAAUCCAUUUUGUCUGUAAUUGAACAACUAUCGGCACACUUUGCUCAAUGGAGCUAUCAUAUUUCCUUUCCUGAGUUAGCAACCAUCCCUAUCAUUCGUUUAAAGAAAUUUCUUGAGACGACUUGUACUGAAAGUUUUAAGCGAAUAAUUAAGCGCUUGAUUGACCAGGUUGAGCAAAAUGCAGACUUUGUCCGAAGGAAGAGAGACGAGGUGGCAUUUUCACCCAAUGAUCAUCAAUCUGCUGAAUUAUUUCUUCAGCUUGAGAAGUCAAGUUUUAAUGCUCCAUUCACUCAAUACUACAAAAGCGUUCUUGAUAAGGCUGCUCUAAGAACUUCAAAAAACGGCAAGAAGAUGAGGUUGCCAAUGCCAAAGAAAAAACCCAUCAAAGCAGAAACAAGGGCAGUAAUAGCUGAUGCAGCGAAUCCUGUUCAAGCGAAACGAAACUCCAAUAAUGAUGAUGAGAUGGUGAAGCUGAAAGGGAAGAAGAAGAAGCAAAGAACUUAACAGGUGGCAAACAUUCUUAUUUUUUCUCUCAUUGGCAAUUUUGGGAUUUUUAGUUUAUAGCAGAGUAUUGUACAACUGAUGAUGAUUGACUACUGUGCUCCUUUCAUAUUCAAACUGCUUCAUAGGCAUUUUGUAUUUUGCUAUUCAUCAAAUGAAUGGCAUGUUACAAUUUUACAAACUGUAAUGUGAAUUGUUGGAACAUACCCUAUACCCCAGGAGUGGCAUUUGUGUAAUUUCAGUGAUUUCAAUGACUGAGCUGUUACGGG